AUUAUUUUUUUAAUAAACAUUAUUGUGUAAAAGACAAAUUGACUUUUCCACCAACUUUUUAGCAAAAGAUUUUCCCUGAAAAAGACAAAAAAGAAGAGAUGGGAAGAUGACCAGCAUGGCUUAUUUACUGUCUUCCUACAAAUUGCCAUCGACGACGGCAUUCCCAACAUUCAAGCUCUUCAAUUUCCCUCCAAACCCUUCUCGUUCCUCCUUUGAUAGCAAAAGGCGUCGCUUCAUUACUCUCUCUUUGGACAACUCUUCUUCUUCAUUUAAUUCUAAGAAGUCCGCUAAAAUUAAUGUAGAUUGCGCAAAACCUUCUCUUUCAACUAAGAAACUGGGAAAUGAUCUUGCACUGGCAUCGUCCGCAAAUCGAACGAAACAAACCCUGAGAUUUAAGUCUAUUUUGAAACUUAUGUUUGGGAGGAGAUCUCUGUCGAGGAGGAUUCUGUUUGCAUCUAACAAAGUUAGGGGUAUCAUUCUGCUCAAUGUCAGUACUAUUGUUUAUGGAAAGUCAGAUGAGAUUGCAUAUGCAGCCAGAAUUGAUGCCGAGGCCGGAGAUGAUAGUAACAGUCUUGGAUCUGUGGCCUUGAUGCUAGUCGGAAAACUAAUCAACGGCUAUCUCUCUGAGAUUGCAUCAGACGCGAAUCUCAAGCCUGAGAAGUUUUACAAUCUCGCAAUCUCUCUUUCGGAUCAAGCCAGAGUCUACGACGACGGUCUCUACAGAGCCAUUGAUGUGUAUCUCAAGGCGCAUCCAUGGCUACGGGAGUUUGAGAGCAAAAAGAUCUACGCAAUAAUUGAUUAUCAAAAAUUCACACUAGAGACAUGCACUCACGCAGCUCAAAAUGAGCGAUUGCCAUUACGCACGGCUAUACAGAGGAUGGGGAAGGAGAAGAAGGGGUUGGUCCAUGGCUAUGGUGCGGAGGGAGAGAGUAGUACAUGGAGGGCAGCAAUGAGGGAGAAUCAGGUGUUGCGACUAGACAUGGAUAGCAUGAGAACACGGGUGCAUCAGCUGGAGAAAGAGUGCUUGAUGAUGAGGGAAGUAGUCGAGAAGUUCGAGAAGGAGGGCCCACAAUUAUAUUGUUUGGCGGUGUUUAGAGCAAUUAUAGACCUUGUUGCCUUCACAGCAGUGCAAUUUAUGGUUUCUGCCAUUCCGUUUAUCACAUUCAUACUAGGAGCUGGAGAGGAUCCUCACACCCGUAAUGCAGCUGUUGAGUUGGGUUUCUGGAUCAGUUUGGGGCACCUCAUGCAAGCACUUGGACUGCUAACAUCUGAUGCUGGGCAUGCAUCAUUCUUAUCUAUGAGCUGUAGUACCUGCCCACACAUGGUUUGGUGCUCUAAUGUCUAUCAUAGGAGUUGGAAUGCUAGUGGAAUGCUAGAAUCUAGUGGAUUAGCUCCAUAUUUUGGUGGUACUCUACGUUUCAAACCAUCAUCAUGGACAUGGAAAUUGUGUUUGGACUCAAUCAUCAGGUUUCCAGGGAUACCUCCACUUUACACACGGAUAUUCUCAACUGGCUUAUCCUUAUGGGUGGAGAUGGCUGCCAUGCGUGAUGUAUCAGCCACAGAAACUGCAAUAAUUUAUGGGUUGGAGCCUGUUUGGGGUGCUGGUUUUGCAUGGUUUCUCCUUGGUGAAAGGUGGGGUAUCACUGGUUGGAUAGGAGCUGCACUUGUUCUAGGUGGAAGCUUAAUAAUGCAGAUAUUUGGAUCGUUAUACCCCGUUAAGUCUGGUGAGGAUGAACAGACAGGCAAAACAGUGAUUGUGUAAUGGUUUCAGAGGAGCAAAAUGUUUCAUCUGCCUUGGAGUAAUUGUUCGCUUCAGGAAGGAUGGUCAUUAGCUUUUGAAGAAGUAAGCAACAUUUUCUUUGAUUGGUUUUAAAUUUUGUCUAUAUUUUCCCCACAGGCUGCAAGAGGAGGUUUCCAUCUGAUAACGCUGUAGUUGUAGAGUAAGGUCUCAUUUUGAUAUGCUAAUUGAGAUCUGAUAGCUUUAUUCCUCUUUUAUGAUACUCAUUUUUGCAACAAUGAAUAAAUGAAAGGAUAUUAA